GAUGGACGAGUCCUACCACGGCGAGUGCAUGACCGGCCUCUGGGAGCACGGCGUGCCCGUGGACCGUCGACCUUUGCCUCGCGCGAGCACGGCACCGGCGCGCAGUUCGCCAACCUCCGCCUGGGCUUCUGCACGGCCCGCGCCGAGCAGAGCACCGGGUCCACGGCCCUGCUCCCCCGCUCGCUGCCGGAGCCGCGCAUCGGCGGGGCCGGCGUGGAGUGCUCGACGGCGGGCGGCUUCUUCAGCGACCUGCCCCGCGUGGACCUCCUCCGGGACUUCGGCGGCCUCGGCUGCGUGGGGCAGGCGCUCGCCUGGGUCCAGGAGGGGCGCGCGAGGGCCGCGCUGCCCUCCAUCUCCCUGCACGUCGUCGACGACCUGGCGGCGGGCCCGGAGGUGCUGGGCCGGCAGGCCUCCUGGGGCAGCUCGCUCGGGGAGGGCGGCGGUGCCGCUGCGUCGUCUGCGGCCGAGUCCAGCCGCCUGCUGGAGCCCUGCUGCCGGCGGGCCUCGGUGCCCGUGCACGUGGCGCGGGGCCGCGGCUACGCGCUGGCCUCGCAGCUGCCCGCGGCUGUCGCGGCGCUGGUUUUCGUGCACGGCUUCAACGCCUCGCUGGGGGACGGGCUCACGCGCCUGGGCUGGGCCGCGGGCCAGAUCGUGUCCUACUACCAGGUCAAGGCCGCCGUGCCCGAGUGCGCCCGGGACCUGGCUCCGUUCGUGGAGGCGCUGGCCGCCCAGGGGAUCGAGAGGGUGCACCUCAUGAUCCACAGCAUGGGCGCACGGGUGCUGCUGGCCGCUUGGCCGCAGCUCACCCGCGUCUUCCGGCGGCUGCGGGCCUUUGACCCCGACCGCUGCGAGCUGAGGGAGCGGUCCGGACCUGCCGACCAGCCGUCGCCCCGGGCGCGCUCGCCUGUGCUCGGGACCCUGACGCUGGUCAACGCCGACGUAUCCCGAGCGCGGGCGCUGGAGGUGCUGCCCGAGAUGGUGGAGUUCGCGGAGCGCGUGACGCUCUACAGCGACGCCCACGACGUCGCCCUCUGGGGCUCCUCGCUACUCAGCAGGGAGCCCACGCUUGGGCGCUUCCCCGAGCCCGUCAGCUGCAGCCACGGCCAGCGGCAGUACGGCGCCGAGCACAUCGACGUGAUCGACUGCACCUCCAUGGAGCAGAACGUGCACGCGGUCCGGCACAACUACUACUGCUUCAACGUCCAGAUCCUGGAGGACCUCGUGGACCUCAUCCAGUCGGGCGCCCCAGCCCGGCUCCGCACCUCGAGGCUGGUCAGCAAGGGCAUCGGGAACGUCUUCUCGUUCCUGUGCCCGCCCGCCUUCCUCCGGGAGUGA